AUGCACAAAACAUUCGGCCAGACUGUUGCGCGUCAACCUCAAGGAAACCAUAACAGAGGAAGUCAAAUGAGCGUGGCAGAGAUAAGAAGCGCACUGGAGAGCAGAGGUGAGGCCAGUGGAUUUAAUAGCGCGCUAAUGGAGGCCACGAUCACCACUUGGCCUUUUGUGCUGCUUUCGGAGAGAGGACUUGGGGACAUUGUGAGAUUCUCUUCUGCGGAGGACGCUAAGCUGGCUAAACAGCUAAACAGGCUGUCAUGA